UCGUGUAGGCAGACAGCAAACAUCAGUCUCGGACAAGUCUAAAACAUUUUGUUUCAAAGCUUAGACUGGAGAAACUUCUCUGGAGCCAUAAUUGGUCAGGUUACAACCCCAAACCACAAAGCAGCUGCCAUCAGGUGCUCGUUGGCCUGUCAAUGGUUUAAGAGUUCAGCAAGCCUCUGUGACCACCAGUGACAAAAAUCUCAUUUCGUAACCGUGUCUCGCGAGGAUUUCGUCGGUGGAUCAGUGCUGGAUGCAAGUCAUGCCAAAUUAGUCCGGGAGGAAGGGGAAUUUAUGUGGAUCAAAGCAAUGAGUGUUUGAUUUUCUUUUUGAAUCAUCAGGAGUGUAUUGUUCGUAGAAUUGGUAGGCGACCAUGCACAGAAUGAAUGGAUCCCCCAAAAUGGGGACAAGGGUACAAUGUCCAGGGAGCCCAAAGAUGGGCAGGGAGAGGAGCAGGACUCCACCAAAUCCAAUGAAAGGGCAACCAAUGAGUAGCCCAAAACUGGGGCGAUCAACAAAGGCACAUAGUUUAGGAAAUAUCCACGCCAACCAUGAACUGAGCAUUGCAGAGCCUCCGCCCCCUUUGCAGCAUGCUUCAUCAGGACCCAUUCAUGUUAGCUCACACAUUCAUGCACCGCGACCGCAUAAAGCACCGAUGGUGAUGGACCCUAGUGAAACAAUGCCACAUCCAUUAGAUAUCAAGUUAAUGUCAGGAGGCCCACCGAAGGCAGGCGAUGUGACACAUGUCGGUGCUACAAGGAUUCACAGUUUGGGGUAUGGGACAGGAAGCGAUAGCAGCAGAAGUGGCACUCCACCUCAUUGCUUUGACAAUCCUAUGGAAGACAAGGAAGAGAUGAGGCUUAGAGAGCUGGAGGAAGCAAGGGCCAGAGCAGCACAGAUGGAGAAGACAAUGCGAUGGUGGUCAGACUGUACAGCAAACUGGAGGGAGAAGUGGGGUAAGGUUCGUGCUGAGCGUAACAAAGCCAGAGAAGAGGUCAGGCAGCUACGACUCAAGCUAGAAGCAACCAUGAAAGAAGCGAUAUCACUAAAGCGAGAGAAACAUGGACUUCUUGUAGACAAUGAGCAGUUGCGCCUUAAAAUCAAACAAAGCAGUGGAGGAGACGUUGAAGCCUCCCCUCUAGACAAUGUGAACCAUGCCAGUGAUCUACCCGAGAGGGAUGUUGGUGUGAUACAGCUUCCGCAAGACCUAGCUCCGCCACAGGGAGUGGACUUUGUCUCACAGCUCAUGGAGUCACAAGAUUUGCCAUCGCAGGAAGUGACCCUCUGUGACACCAUGAGCCAGACUGAUCUUCCAAUCUGCAGACCCAUGGAGAUCCAGACCUCUCCUGGAUGGGGUCCUGAUGAGACUUCAAGCACCAUAAUGGGUAAUGGCUCCUUCAUCAUGGGCGGUGGGCUCCAUGAUUUAAACCUGGACAGCAGGAGAGGAAGCCAGGGCUCCUCAUCCCACGGCUCCAGGGAUAGCCCAAGCAGGAGAGGUAAGACCAAAGAGAUGCCAUCACCAUCGGAAGAGAAGGCUGAACAGAGGGCUUUCAUGCUGCAGAUGAAACUAGAUGAGGCUUCCAAGACCAUCCAGGUGGAGAGGCAAGAGAAGGACACCCUUCAUCAAGCCAUUAACAAGUUAGAACAAGAGGUAUCAUCUCUGAAGAUCAGAACAUCGGAUCUUCAAGAGGCAAAGGACACUGCAAUCAGGGAGGUGCAACUAUUGAAGACAUCUCAUCAACAGGAGAUAGGUAGAAUCAUUAAUGACCUUGAAGAUGAAGCCAGCUCUAGGAAUCACAUGGAUAAGAGACUAGGUGCACUACGGAAAGAGCUUGAGAGGCUCCAGGCGGAGAAUGCAGCAGAAUGGGGCAAGAGGGAGCGCCUGGAGACUGAGAAGCUGAACCUGGAGCGGGAGAACAAGAAGCAGAGAUCCGAGAUUGAGGAUCUUAGGGAGACCAUCUCCAUCAGGAGCAAACAGACCACCAUGGAGAUGGAGAAUACUAUUAAGAACACACAGGAGGAUCUCAAAGCUAAGUCUGCGGAGCUGACAGAACUGAAGCACAGUCAUAACAAGAUGAAGAAGCUGCUAGCUGACAAACUGGCUGAGCUAGACCACACCACCACCAGAUGUCAACAACAUGAAGAAGAUGUCAAGAAACUUAGAAUAAGAGUGGAUGAACUGAAGAGAGAUCUUGCAAGGAGAGAGGAUGAGGUCGAUGAAAGAAUAAACUUUGUGAAGAAAAUUCAGAGGAACCUGGACGAGACGCUACAACAGAAUGAAAACCUCACCCUUCAAAUAGAUCAUCUACAAAACAGACUACGUACUCAGACUUCAAAUCUUACUAUUGCCAAGAAGAGAAUGUCAACUCUGAAGAGGAAUGAUAAUAAAAGCGAUACCGAGUCCUGUUCUGACUGAUCAAGAAGUGGAUUGUACUCAGAGGAUCAUGUUUGGAUCUGUACGAUAAUCACUGCAUUUGAAAGUGACUCUUCUCACUAAGGAUUUGGUAUCCACCCUAUCAAACCAAAUAUCUCUAGGCAAUUUUUUUUUAUCCCCAGGACAACUGGUACGUUAAGUAGCAAAUCUUAGUAAAGCCAGCCCUGAAACAGGAACCUGUGCAUUAUUUGAUAUAUUAUUUGAAUGGUGAUAGUUAUUUCUAAGAAGCAAAUCCUCAGGGGUGGAUACAUGCAGCAGUCAUGUUUAAGCACCCUGAAUAAUGAAAGUCUGGACAAGUUUUCAGCAGUUAUCACUCACUUAGCGUCAUUUGCUUACUAUUCUCAUUUCAGUAUUGUAAAAAUCAAUUAGGAAUGAAGGACAGCCACUGUGAAAUAUGCUAAGCCAGAUUUCUGCCUGGAAUCAAUUCCAGAGAUAGUAUUGCUUUCAUUUUAAUUAGCAUUCAAUUCUGACAAGUGUCAUGUUUGUAUCAAUGAAGUUCUCUGUUUUACUAGUCAGUUUAAAAGAAACUAGACUGCAGAUUAGAAACUCAAUGGUUUUUAGUCUGCUAAAUGUGUUUUUUUAUCCUUUUGAUUUCUGUUGAAGGAAGGUAAUUAUCUAGUAUAAACAAUGACUUUCAGUAUCAAACAUU